CGGUCGGCCAAGCUCGCCGGCUGAGGGGACUCUUCCUGCGCAGACCGGCGGUCGUCAGGGACGGCCCCCACGCUGCCACCAUGCGCAUGGUGUGGUGCCUGGCCGCGGUGGCCCUGGUGGCCAUCCUGAUGCCUGAGCCUUCGGAGGGCCUCUCCGGGUUUCAUGCUGGUUUGAAAAUUGCAAAAGUAGCAAUGAAGUCUGCACGUGGAGGACGAGUUGCGAAAGCAGGGAAGGCCGUCGGACAUGUGAUAAAGAAGUCAUUCUCCCGUGUCAAAGGUUUCUUUGGAAGGAUCUCCAGGCGUCGUAGGCGCAGGAAGAGCAGGGACAAGAGACGGCACUCCAAAAGAUCAUCGCGUCGCCUGUCGACAAGGACCAGCAGCUACCGCCAGCGCCGGCGAGAUCGUACCAGGUACAAGUCGAGGAACCGACGCCAUCGGUCGUCGAGUAAAACCAACAAAAGGAGGCAGCACACGCCGACCAGCCGUCCGGCUACAAAACGUCGCAGCUCUAAGCCUACAACUCAGCCUAAAAAUGCCGAGAACGGUGACAAGUCUGUCAGUCUGACCUCUAAGAGUAGGGGCGCUGAUACACUCGCUUCGAAGAGCCAGGGCAGUGACACAUCUGCUGUGAAACCCCAGACCAGUCAGGGUUCUUUCGUCUCUGCAGAGAGUACCAUGAAGAUGAGUUCUCAGGGUAGCAGUGGUAGGCUGUCUCCCCAAUCACAGCCAUCCAAGGGGGGCAGGAGUUCUCAGGCCAGCGACGGUAGCCUGUCUCCCCAAUCACAGCCAUCCAAGGGGGGCAGGACGAUCAGUUCUCAGGCCAGCGACGGUAGCCUGUCUCCCCAACCUCAGCCAUCGACCGGGGGCGGGGUGAUCAGUUCUCAAGACAGCAGCGGUAGCCUGUCUCCCCAACCACAGCCAUCGACCGGGAGCCGAGCGCGGCACUUUGGUGGCCGUGUGGCGGACUCCGUCUUCCAGGGUGCCGUUGGUGGAGUGGUUGGGUCUCUGGUGGAGAAAGCCAUGCAAGACAAGCAAGACACGGGUGUGGGGAAGGAAAACACUCAAGCAGCUUCGCCAGUAGCACCGGCCAAAGGUUCUCACGAGGGAGGAAAUUCAAACAGCCAUCCCCAGAACCCCGCUGGCAAUGAUGCAGCUAAUACUGCGGGAAUUGGUGCUCUGGAGGGCACCAGUUCAGGGCGGCACCCGCUUCUGUCGAGGUCGUCAGUCCUGAAGGCACCUGGAUCCUCGGUAACUGGCUCUUUUAACAGUGCCAUCUCAGGUGAGCAGGGUCAGCCUCAGCGCGCGUCGAACCUCAAGACGGUUACGUCCUCUCUGGCAGCUCCUGGCGAGGGCGUCCUCACCAGCGGCCGGCACAUUUUCCGCUGCUACGCCACUCUGGAGGAGGAGGAUCCGGUUCAGACGUCGAGCGAGAAAAAGGCACAGAGAUCCCGUGGCUAAGAUAUGGAGAAAACUGAUAAGUUUUAAUGAUCAUGACGUAGCAACGAUACGAGCAUUCGUGUGAGUGUUAUUGUGGGUAUUGUGUAGUCCUUUCUUCCGAUAUUAUUGCUCUGAUGUAGCUGAUUUUAUUGAUGUAUAGCCACGGAAAGUGUAACAUUCAUUCGAUUUCCAUAGGCAUCACUUAUCUGGUUGCAUGAGGACUGCUUAUUCACUCGACUGGGAUGUCAUCAUUCAAUCAUGUCUUUAUCAAUGUCUGGAGUGAUGUUUGUCCAGACAAGUCAAUUGAGAUUGUUUUCACUAUGGCUGCAAUAUUAGGUUUUGCUAUAACGCGCAUGACAAUCCUCGUUAACCAGAAUCCAUGGUCGUACUUUAUGAAAUAAACCUUUUUGCAUGACAAGCACUGUGAUUUAUCGUCUGCUGACAGUUUACAUCACACAACUCUUCAAGAAUAUAUGGCCAUGAAGACA